AUGGUGAUCAAACUUAAUGAUUUUGAAAAGCUUUCAGUGGAAAAUCAUACGGGCUCGAAACCGAAAAAGAUCUUUUAUUUCUCUAGACAUAAAAAUAAAAUUGAGUUUAUAAUUAUGGCCGGACGCAUUCACGGAUUUUUGGGUGGCGUGCUGCUCACAGGCUCCAUCGCUUACCUUACGGCUCGUGAAUUCCGUCUGAAUCAAGCUAUCAUUUCGCAAUCCUUGAGAGAAUCGUCGCGCAUUAUCGAAGAAAGAGAUCUUCCAGUUUCUCAUCAGUCCAACGUUCUUCAAUUCAAACAAAAAACCCUCGCUGAAAGCAUAAAAGACAUUUGGAAUCAUGAAGUCAUCAAAGGUGUCAAUUAUAUCUAUUCGCUCGAUUUUUCCGGUGUGGGAGACUCGAUUACCAGAAGUAUAGACAGAUUUAUAAACAACAAAGAUUAA